AUGAACUUGAACAAAACAAUCAAUCGUCGGCCACUGGAGCUUGGUGCUCGUGGAUUAACCCGUUCCGCAGUUUCGGGUAAUGAUCAAAUAAAACCAAAUUUUAUCCACUCGUCAGAUAUACCAAGGAAAGUUGCAUAUUUAAUCCAUUCCAUAUCAAAAUCGAAACAUAAACGAAUCUCAGAGGAAUGCAGCAGCAAUCGCUGUGUUGAAAUAUCAGUUAAUAUUGAACUAAAUGCGCUAGUACGUCGAGGCUCAUCUAACCUUCUUGCAUUGUUACAGAGGAACAUGAUUUCAGUGGUUCAGCUAGGUGGUGACUCAAAUGCUUUGUUGAGACAAAGCUACCUUUACGAUAUUAUCACUAAUCAGAAACGAACCAAAAUUCAUCCAGAUGCACUUCUGACAAAAGAUGUAUUCGUUGUCAGCUUUAAAUUAAUUAUUUCCAAUUUUGAUUCCCCGGAAUCUUUCAUAUUAGAAGAAGAUGAAAACUUUCACCUACUACAGUCUUGCGACCAAAGAGGUGAAUUGGUGGCUGAGAUUAAGCAGUACAUAAAGGAAACAUAUACGUUGUUAAAGAAUCAAGGCAAAAGCAGACCAAAGAAUGAUGGUAUGCAUUCCCACUCCGACGUCAGUGAUUCGACUUUAGAAUGCAGUGAGGACGAUGCGUUGUAUUUAGCAGAUGAAAAUGAAGGAGGUAUCAUCGAGCCAUUGGUUUCCAAUGAGACAUUAACUGACGAAUUCCGAAGAAGGUUUAGUGAGAUUAGUGACGAAGAGAAGGGAUUGAAAUUUAAACACACUUUUCUUGAUAAUAUAGAUAAUUUAAGACACAACGAUGAUGACAAGCAGUUGAAUGGAGACGAACAGCAAGUUUUGUUCCAAGGCAAUGCAUUGGACGAGGCUAUUAGGUUUUCACCUUUGACGCCAGAAAAUCACAUACACCUCGAUGACUUGGUUGAAGUUUCGUACGAGGAAUCUGACAACGAGUAUACCAAUGACUUUCAAGUGCACAGGUUUUCAUCCUCGUCGCCAAAGAAAGAGUUUUGUGAUGAUGACGAAAUAAUGAAGUUUUCGCGCAAGUCAUCUUUCCAAUCGCCGACUAAAAGGAGGGCGGUAUCGCGCAUGUCUUCAAGUCAUUCAGUGUCGAUGAUCAAUACUGACGACAAAUAUGGAUUGCAAUUUGCGUAUAACUCGGAUUCUGCUGCUGUUCCAUCGUACAUAAAGCAAAACAAGAAGUUCAAGUUCAUCAAAGUUGGCAAGGUGCAAAAAUUUGUCAAUUUGUUUGAAGAACAGAAUCAAACUGUCAAGAAAUGA